AUGGAUGCCCUAAUAGCCCUCAUGAACCAUCCGUACCUGACGAUGAAGUUGGGUACGAAUACCGACUCCAAACGCAACAUCGAUGCUGUCUACCCCAUCUCGCUGUUCUUCGCCUUUGGAAUCUACCUUGUCUUCGAACGAUACCAGAAGAGACAUAAUAGCGCUUUGCCAUUUGAAUGGAAAUUCCCCGAUCCCGCCGAACCAACUUGGGAGUCCAUAACCCUCGAGCAGCCGCAUCUUGAGUCGCAUUUGAGCAAUCCAGACCUGCUACCACCUAUGCCGCUUCCCGGACGCCGAUACCUCACCUCCUUUGAUCCCUCGACCGGCAAGCAUCUUGGCACGUAUAUCGCGGACAACGAAGAGGAAAUCGAACGCAAGAUCGCUCGUGCAGGCAAAGCACAUCAGACCUGGAAGAAUACGACUUUUCAGCAACGUCGGCGCGUAAUGCGGAGUCUCCUCAAGUGGCUCGUAGACAACCAAGAGGUGUGUGCGAGGGUCGCGUGUCGCGAUACGGGAAAGACGUUGAUUGAUGCUGCUCUUGGAGAAAUUCUUACGACCUGCUCAAAGCUGGAGUGGAUAAUCAAACACGGAGAAGACGCAUUACGACCUGAGACGAGACGCUCAAAUUUUAUGAUGUUCUACAAGAAGUCGCAAGUUAUUUAUGAGCCACUGGGUGUUGUUUCCGCGAUCGUUUCUUGGAACUAUCCUUUGCACAACGCCUGGUCACCUAUCGUUGCUGGUCUCUUCGCAGGAAACUCUGUCGUCCUGAAAUGUUCUGAACACGUUAUUUGGUCGACCUCUUGGUUCGUUAGCGCUAUCUCCAACUGCCUCAGGGCAUGCGGACACGAUCCAGAAAUUGUCCAGGUGGUCUGCUGCUACCCUGAGCAAGCGGAAGCGCUUACUGCGUCAUCGGAUAUCAAACAUAUCACUUUUAUUGGUUCAGAGACUGUUGGACGCAAGGUUGCGAUGGCUGCCACUAAGUAUCUUACCCCCGUCACGCUCGAACUCGGUGGCAAGGACCCUGCUAUCAUUCUCCCUAACACUGACCUAAAGAAAUGGGCCCCUCUUCUGCUUCGCGGCGUCUACCAAAACAUGGGCCAAAAUUGUAUCGGUAUUGAGCGCAUCAUCGUCCACUCUGAGCAGUACGACGAGCUCUUCGACAUAUUUGAAGAAGUAGUUUCCAAGAUGCGCGUCGGGUCCGUCAUGGCGCCCGCCCAGGCUGGUUACCUCGCCACUGUUGAGGGUGGUUCUAUGAUUUCGGGUGACAGAUUCCGCGGUCUGGAGAGGCUCAUCAAAGACGCGAACGAGGGUGGCGCAAUCGUGGUCGGCGGAGAGGAAUACAAGCAUGUAUAUCAUGAGAAUGGGUACUACUUCAGGCCGACGGUGGUUGGGCUUGUCAACGACUCAAUGGAUAUCGCGCACCAGGAAUUAUUUGCCCCGGUUGCUCUGAUCAUGCCAUACGAGACUGUCAAGGAGGCUGUUGAGAUUGCCAACGGAACACGAUAUGGCCUUGGUGCUAGCGUCUUCGGUCCUGACCAAGAGGAUUGCAUCAAAGUUGCGAAGCAGCUUGAGUGUGGAAUGGUUUCAGUCAAUGACUUCGGUGUCUUCUACAUCAACCAAGACCUACCCUUCGGUGGCACGAAGGCCAGCGGUUACGGACGAUUCGGCGGCCCAGAAGGUCUCCGCUCUCUAACGAAUCCAAAGGCAAUCAUCUACGACAGAUGGCCAUCGUUCAUCCAAACAAGCAUACCCAGAGUGCUCGACUACCCCCUACGCUCGUUGCACUGGAGCUGGCAAUUCUCCAGCGGGCUCGUUCGCUUCCUGUACGGCGACAACUGGCGUGCGAGUAUCCGUGGCCUCAUCACCGUCAUCGGGGCGAGUGGCAAGCAGUGA